CAUCCCAGUUAUCCACUGGUAUAAAUACGAGCAGCAGCGGGACUGAGGCAGCUUCAGACAGUCUGGAGUCUCAGGACACAAACAGAGGUUUUUCUCAUCAUUGCCUGCUGGCCCUGUAAGAGUCAGAGAGGAUGUUAAUGAUGAUGAUGAUGAUGAAGAAGAGGGGGCUGAAAUCUCUGGCUGUGGUGGCUUUCCUCCUGGCCUCGGUCAACUGUAUCCUCCUUCCAUCAAAAGAAGAUCUUACCGAGCUUUCCCUUCAGGGGGAGAAGUAUCUGGACAAACAGAUUGAAAACGCCAUUAGCGGAGUGAAGGAGAUGAAGAGUGUGAUGCAGAAAUCUUCAGAGGACCACAAGAAGUUUGUGGAUGCCCUGGAGAAGACCAAGCAGCAGAAAGAUGACGCGAUGCAUGCGGCUCAGGAGAUGGAGGCCAAGCUGGAGCAAGAGGAGGGGGUCUGUAAUGAGACCAUGAAGGCUCUGUGGGAGGAGUGUAAGCCCUGUCUGAAGAACACCUGUGUUAAAUACUACUCCAGGACAUGCAGCAGUGGAUCAGGACUGGUGGGACGCCAGCUGGAGGAGGUUCUGAACAGAACGUCCCCCUUCUCCAUCUGGAUCAACGGGGAGAAAAUUGAUGUGCUGGAGCAGGAGGGACGACGGCAGAACAAGGAGUUCAGGAACCUGGAGGAGAAGUACACUGAGAUGGCUGACGGCGUGGACAACAUAUUUUCAGACAGCAUGAAGGUGGCUACUCACGUCCACUACAACCCUCCAGUCUUCUAUUUUCCCAAUUUCUUGGGACAGUACUCUCGCCAGAGCAGAAGCAUUCGCUCUCUUUUCCGCGACCCUUUCCAUGGCUUCCAGAAUUUGUUCUCCCCCAUGAUGGGAAUGGGCAGGAACUUCUUCGGAUCAAUGGGCUCCAUGAUGGACAUCGACAGUGACACUCCCCCUAAUGAGGACGGCAGUGUGAACGAGGACGUGGUGAUCACUAGACCUUUUGGCAACGGCCGGAUGACCUGCAGGGAGAUUCGCCGCAACUCGGCCGGCUGCCUCAGGUUCCGCGAGGAGUGUCAGAAGUGCAAAGACAUCCAGCACAUUGACUGCUCAGGGAACAAACCUCUGGAGGGCCCCCUGAAGGAGGAGCUGGAGGAGGCUCUGGCGAUGGCCGAGCGUUUCACUCAGCAGUACAACGGCCUCCUGAGGAGGUUCGAGGAGCACAUGUUCAACACCUCCUCCAUCCUGGACAUGUUCAACAGGCAGUUCGGCUGGGUGUCGUCUCUGGCAAACAGCACCGACAGCAAGGACGGCAUCUUCCACAUUCAGACGGUGAUCUGCAGGGACAGCGAGGAGAAGCCAGGCGAGGAGAGGCAGCCUGGAGAAACAAACGUGUCCGUGCAGCUCUUCGACUCUCCUGCCAUGAACUUCACCGUGCCGGGGGACAUCCCCUGGACCGACCCCAAGUUCUCUGAGGUGGUGGCCCAGGAGGCUCUGGACCGCUACAAGGAAACCAGCGUUGUGGUCAAAUAAAUUCACACUUGGAUGUGCACUGUCUGCUGACAAGUGAAUGUUCUGGAUCCAACAAAACACACCUGAAAACCUGACGACAAACACACCUGGAAAAAACGCACACCUGAGGCCAACCCACUGAUUGCUGUAAACCCUGCUUUUGCAAAUGACACAGUUUAACCUCAGAGAUUUAUAUUGUUUCAUUAGAGCUCCUUGUCCUGCUGUAAGAGAUGAUGUUUAGUAGAUAAUUGGCCUGACUCAUGCGUGUUGUACCGUCAACAUAUGACCUUAUGUCGUAUGUGAGCUGGGCUUUGCAAAAACGGGCCAUAGUGCUAACGAUUUAUGUGAAUUUCGGCCAAAGCUGAUGUAAUCGACUCUGAAAUGGUUUAUUCUCUGCAUUCAGCCUUUCUAACACAUGUAGAUUAAACUGAAAUUUUCUCUAGCACAAUUCAAUAAAGCAAAGAAUUGCUUUGUUGCAAAAAAAAAAAAAAAAUACUUGUAGAAAAGUAAAGUUAGAGUAAAUUUAUUCAGGCUGUUUCAGUGACUUUAAUCACCUGAUCUACCCCUCUACAGAUCUCUGAGUUAUCUGAGUUGGUUCGAGCGGUUUCUGGAGUUUAAAUCACUGAUUGGAGAGAUUACAUUUGUUUAAUCGAAAGCAGAAGUUGAUCAUUCAGGAUUGCUUAGAACCUCUGUAAAACAGCCUAGCAAUGAAGCAAUAGAGAUUUAAUAAAACCUGCUCAAACCGA